AGAAAUGUCAGAGACAAGCCUACAGGUGAACGAGCUGGAAAGCCGAAUUUCCAUGACGCAGGUGACAAGUGUCCAGUAGAGACCGGUGUCUGCUCUCCCGCACCUCGGCCUCUCAUCUAAGAAGGCGGGCAUGAACGGCCAGCCCGUCCCGCAUUUCGUGAUACCUACAGCUGAAGCUCGCCACCGCUACCCACCUGCAAGUGAAAAUUGAGCUUUUUGCGGAGCCGUCUGCAGCUGGAACCGUGCUGGGAGAGCAGCGGGGCGGAGCUAGUUUUGCGCAGGCUCUGUGUGGGCGGAAAGGGCCGUCAGAUUGCGCCUGCGCUCUCGUCAACCUCGCUCCGUUUCCGCGGUCGGAAUACCAGACUGGGGAUCCGGGCGGGAUGGUGUUGCGAUGUCAGGUUGAAGUGUUGUAUUUUGCAAAAAGUGCUGAGAUAGCAGGAAUUCGCUCGGAGACCAUUUCUGUGCCACAGGAAAUAAAAGCGUUGCAGCUGUGGAAUGAGAUAGAAGCACGACAUCCUGGAUUGGCUGAUGUCAGAAAUCAGGUGAUAUUUGCUGUCCGUCAAGAAUAUGUCGAGCUUGGAGAUCAAGUCCUCCAGCUUCGGUCGGGAGACGAAAUUGCCAUUAUCCCCCCCAUUAGUGGAGGGUAGUGCUCAUGAGCCACUUGGGUGUGUGAGAUAUGUUUUUUUUAAC